GCCCGGUGUAGAGAGCUUUGUAUCUGCUUCGUCGCGACUUCGUUUGUGUCGUGCUACCUGACUCUUCGUACCCUGUGCAACUGUCUCAUCAACUCCUCUUCUGGUCCCUGUUACGGAGAUAACUAGGACGGGGGGUCCGGGUUCUGCCGCGCCUCCGAUGCCCGAUCUGGACCGAAAUUCUCUCGAUUCAAUUCGACUUUGACCUCAUCGCAUAGCCACGCCUGUAGCAACGUCACUCAUUACUGUCCUUGCAAUUUUCUCAUCACCUCUUUGCUUUUGACCAACUGUCGCGCCGCUAUCGAGGCUUCCGCUAAUGGUACUUGCCCGCGUGGCUAACCUCUUCACCAUCGGAGACUCAACGAACAGCCUGAUUGACAACGGCCGUGGUCAUGCCACUGAUCCAGGGCAGACAGUGGAGCUCCCCAUGGCGGAUACCACACGGAGAGCAAUCGGGGAGGACAUAGACGAGGAGGAAGCGCGGCCGCCAUACCUGCAUGCAAUGCUAGCUGGAGGCAUAGGAGGUACCACAGGCGACAUGCUCAUGCACUCGCUAGACACGGUCAAGACACGACAACAGGGCGACCCGCACAUGCCACCCAAAUACACGUCCAUGGGCAACACCUACUACACUAUAUGGCGGCAAGAAGGUUUAAGAAAAGGGUUAUAUGGUGGGGUCCAGCCAGCGUUUCUGGGGUCCUUCGCCGGCACCGUCUGCUUCUUUGGCGCAUACGAGUGGAGUAAGCGGACUAUGAUCGAGUAUGGCGUCGCGCCGUCAGUAGCAUACUUCACCGCUGGCCUCUUCGCCGAUCUCGCUGCUGCGCCCGCCUAUGUCCCCUCCGAGGUCCUCAAGACCCGCCUACAAUUGCAAGGUCGCUACAAGAACCCCUACUUCAACUCGGGCUACAACUACCGCUCUACCGUCGAUGCUGCUCGCACAAUCGUAAGAACAGAAGGCUUUAGUGCACUCUUCCAUGGCUACAAGGCCACCUUGUGGCGUGACCUGCCAUUCUCGGCAUUGCAGUUUGCUUUUUACGAGGAAGAGCGGGGCUGGGCGAAGCGGUACAUGGAGUCAAACAACAUUGGAUUGCCAUUGGAGAUCGCUACAGCUGCCAGUGCAGGAGGCAUGGCCGGCGUUCUGACCACCCCACUAGAUGUAGUCAAGACGCGCAUCCAGACACAGCAUAACGUCAUCCCCGGAACAUCUACCAGCCUGCCGAAAACUACCCCCUCGCACGUGUCGUCCUCAACACACGCGACUUCGCAGAAAACAGCCAGCGCAUCUCGUUCGCAGAUACGACCAAUUUCAACGUCCUCUCCUUCGACAACUCUCAAAGCCCACGGUGCCGUAAUGCUCGAUACGUCGUCCGUGGUGACUGGAUUAAAAAUCAUUUACAAAACCGAAGGUAUCGCUGGGUGGUUUAGGGGCGUAGGGCCGCGGUUCGUCUGGACCAGCGUGCAGAGCGGGACUAUGUUAGUCUUAUACCAGACGUUGUUAAGAUAUUUUGAGCAACAUCCACUUGUAAAUGCAGAGGAUGCGUAAGAUAUUGUAUGAAUAAAAUGGGCUGGGGAGGGUAGGAUAUAAACAUUAUGCAUUAGUGGCGUUUGAAUUUAUCAUAGCUAGCAACGCAAAGCGAUAGACUAGAUCGUUGUAAAUACAACAUUUUUCACUCACACACAAACUGCUAGAAUGUCGCUCACAGGGUGUGCUUGUU